UACAGGUUUUAUCUGAAAUUGAAAAUAGCUUUUGAGUUUCAGUAUUGUCUUUAUCUCACAAUAUUCACAAUACCAUUCAAUAAUAUUGAACCAAUACCUUAACAAUAUUUUGAUACUUCAAUAUUUUCAAUUUAUCAAUAUUCAUCAGACUAAUAUCAAUCAAUACUUCAUGAAAAUAUUUUGGUAAACACAACAUUAAACGCUACAUUGACAUCACAUGUUUUUGUUUUAUUUUGGUUUUCUUAAUGUUGAGAAACCAUUCUCAUGUGUUUCUCAUCUCAUCAAGUUACCUUCUUUUUGUUUCUAUUAAGAAAUUUGUCAAUUUAAAUUGCUGUGGAAGGAUUGGACAUUAAAUCACAGUUAUAUUUACAUUACUCUUGGUGUUUAGUUGAUUGUUAAAGAUUGACACUCUAGGCUCAGAAUAAUCAACCCACCUAGAUAUUUAUCUAAUGACAACUCGUUAUGUCCGGUCUUUUUGGAUACAGGAUACUGCACUGGGGACCUUUACUUGCAUUCCUGAUAAUAAAAUGGGUGGCAAUUACUACAUUAUACAUGACAAGCAUGUGGAUGCCAAUAUUUAGCUCCUAUAUUUCAAUAAUUAAUUAUCUCAUAUUCUUGAGCUUUGUGGGAUUAACUCUUUAUAACUUCUUUAGUGCCAUUUUCAUUGGCCCUGGUCAUGUCCUUUCCAAAUGGACCCCAGACAAUCCUUCUAUCUCUGAAAAACUUCAAUAUUGUUCAAUAUGCCAAUCAUAUAAAUGGCCUCGCGCCCAUCAUUGUCGAACAUGUAAUAAGUGUAACUUAAAGAUGGAUCAUCAUUGUCCAUGGAUUAACAACUGUGUUGGCCAUAAAAAUCACCUCAAUUUUACUCUUUUCUUAUUAUUUGCUGUACUUGGCGCUCUACAUUCAGUUAUACUUCUUUCUAUAGCAAUCUACCGAGGUUAUCAUGCGACUUGGUACUUUUAUCACAGAGGUCCAGAGUCAGUUGUUCUUUUGACGUUCGCCUCUUUCCUUUGCUCAGUUUUCAGUAUUGGACUUUCUAUUGGAGUUAUUAUCGCCGUUGGUGGACUAUUUUAUGUACAAAUGAAAAUAAUUUUACGGAACCGCACAUCGAUCGAGGAAUGGAUCGUUACUAAAGCAGAGGCUCGUACGAGGACAGAACCAUUCGUUUAUCCUUAUGAUCUAGGUUACCGAAAAAACUUUAUGCUAGUUUUUAGGGACAGUAAAUGGAUGGAUGGGUGCAAUUGGCCUAUCAAAGAGGGAUGCACUCAAUAUACCUUAACAUACGAGCAAAUCUUACAAAAAAAGGAAAAAAGACAGCGAUCUAGAACAUACAAAGUAAUUGCUGAAUAUAAUGGUAGUUGGUUUCCUUUAUUCAGUCAAGGAUGGCGAACUUGUCUCAAAUUUCCCUUUAGUGACGAAGCUCGUAUUUCAUUGAAUGUUAAUGAUGUUGUUACUGUCACACGAUGGAAAAAGCAUUGGCUGUAUGGAGAGAAGAUUCACCCGAUCAAUGAAAAUAUAAUUAAGCCUAGAGGGUGGUUUCCGAAACAAUGUGUUGUUGAAAUUGCUGAAGACAUACGUGAAAGAAGAGGAAUGAAUUUUUCAGAAGAUCACUCCGCCAAAUCUAGCCGACUCAGGAAAAUCCAAUGACAAACACUUAAACCUAACAAUAAAUUAAGUCGUCGCAAGGCUCAAUGAGAAAUUGAAAAAGUGCAUAAUACAUGAGUGAGAUUACUGUUGUGAUUGUGGUUGUGAAUUUUUUUCUUUUAUAUUAUAUUUCUUCACUCGAUUCAAGUUCUGCCAAGUCUGUUGGCCCGUCAAUUGUCCCUCUCUGUUAUUUGUAAUAUACAUAUAUUUAAAAGUCAUUUUUUUACAAAAUUCAUGAAAAAAUAACACCAAUUUCCAGAACUCUGUUCAGACAAUUUGAA